AUGAAAGUGUUAAUAGUUCUCUUCGCUCUAGGAGUGCUGCUGCAGUGUGAAGCAAAGCAACUGUCAAGAUGUGAGCUGGUGAGGGAACUAAGAAAACAUGGCUUCCCGGAGGAACAAAAUGAGAGAUUACAUGCAGGGGUGUGUCUAGUGGAGAAUGAAAGUUCUCGUCGCACUGACAUCGUCAGUGGUCCGAACAGCGACGGCUCCCGGGACUACGGGCUGUUCCAGAUCAACGACAGAUAUUGGUGCAGCAGCACUAGCCAGCCUGGCAAGGACUGCAACGUCACCUGUAAACAACUUCUGAGUGACAACAUAUCGAAAGCGGCCGCUUGCGCUAAGAAGAUUUACCAGCGCCACGGCUUCGACGCCUGGUACGGUUGGAAGAACAAAUGCCGCGGAAAACCAUUGCCCGACAUCAGCUCCUGUAAAAAGUAG